AUGAUGCAGUCCCCUGCCCACGAGACUGGGGGGCAGGUACGGAACGUCUCAGACCCUUCCCCUCCUGGCAUCAGCAUCAGGGCCAAGGCCAGGGCGGAAGGGCCAAGUGGGACACCUCAUCCAGGCAAGCCCCAAACCACUACUCCCUCCUCUGUCACCCUACCACAGAGCCCAGAAUCCCAAGUGGCUGGAGCACUGGGGGAUACCCAGACAGAGCCCUCGCUGGACCAGGUCCUCCGGGAGCGGGAUGAAGCCAUUGCCAAGAAGCGGGCAGUGGAGGCUGAGCUGGACAUAUUCAAAGCCAAGUUGCGAGCUGUGGAGGCCCAGCUGCUGGAAGUUCUGGAGGAGAAGCUGAGACUGAGGCAGGAGGUGGAGGCCUGGGAGGUAGGGUGGACCUGCCGGCUGGGCUCAGGGGGCAGGACCCCGGGCACAAGCCUGGCCCCUGAACCUGCUCUCCCGCCCCCAGGACGACAUGCAGCGGCUGGUGAGGCAGCAGGUCGAGAGUCAGCUGCAGAGAGAGUCCAGGGGCGCUCUGGGAGCCCCCAUGGACCCUGGAACUGCCAGGACCUCCUGGGUCCGAUUCACCCUGAGUCGGUGGGGACGCUGGCGGUGAGACAGCUCAGCCCAAGACCUUGGGAGGAGUAACUUUAUUCAUUAAAGUUUAAGG